AUGGGCCGGUGUGCCACCUUGGCGCGCUUGGUGUUGCUGCUCAGCCUCAUCCAUGGCCGAGCAGCGCCUGACACUUGUCAGGAGCCCGACAAGCAAGUUCUCAUGCAGCUGCGGAACGCCCGGCAAAAGGGCCUCCUCGACACAUCGUCGACGUUUAAGCAGCUGCCGGUUCUCCAGCUCUUCUUCCCUUUCGGGAACCCGGUGGCGCCGACAGGAAACUCUUCCGGCCCCACUUUGCCCAACGUCACAGAACAGUUCGAGUGCGUGGUGCCCAUUCCGCCCGGUGCAUCUUCCGACAAGUGGGUGCCAUGCCUGAACAUCGCCGAGCGCUUACAGCUGCAGCAGGAUGUCGCGGCCGCCUCCUCGAACGCCAGCCAGCCGAACCUGACGGAGUACCUUCAGUCAGGUGCCUGGGAUCCGGCGGGCAAGUGGGCCAUCCCUAUGGAUUUUUGGAACGACUUCCGCUGCAACUGCCCAAACUGCGCUGACGAAGAAGAGCUGUUCACAGCCGUGGCAUACGCCGUCCAGGGUAGCCUCCUGACGCUGGCGGAUAACUUUACGGACUAUGUCCUAGACUGCACCUCUUGUGGCGGUUGCCCGUCACAAGACCAGUGUGGCGCCGUGGUGGAUUGCGACCCGGACGCCUUGGCGCUGAUUCCCUCCUGCGCGUUGAAACUCCAAGAGGAUGGCUGGAACAUCGACUAUCUGCACGACUGCGGGAACGGCUUCAAGAUCCCUCAGUCUUAUGUCAACGACCUCGAGUAUUGCGACUGUCCAGACUGCAGCGAUGAGGACAACUUCAAUUGCAGCACUUGCAAUUCGGAGUGUCCAACCGAGUGCGGCUAUUGGGCUUUGUGUGGCAGCAACGCGACGUUUUACCUGAACCCGGCUUGCCAAGAGGCAAAUAUUCUCUGGGAUGCUCGCGGCGGGUACAAGGCAUGCAACAAUGGCUGGACAAUCCCGGCAGACUAUUGGAACGACGAGUUCUACUGCGAUUGCCCAGACUGCGAGGACGAAAGCUUCUCCUGCGAGGCAUGUGGCGGCUGCCCCAACGCCAGCGCCGCCUGCGGCGACUACGUCGAGUGCUACACCUCGGAUAGUAUUCUGCCACAGCUGAACCCGCAAUGCAUCUUGGCCGCGUUGAGCGGAUGGGCGCCGGCGAAGAUCACCUCCUGCAACGCCUCGGAUCCCGAAGCCUGGAACAUUACGCUGGACUACAUCAAUGACGGCUACUGCGACUGUCCCAAUUGCGAGGAUGAGGAUCAGUGGACCUGCGACAAUUGCUCAGUGGGCUGCCCACAGCGAUGCGGUGACAGCGUCCAAUGCCUCGACGAGCAGAACUUCAAGGAAUGCGGGAAUAACGAGAUAUUCGGCUCUGGUUCCUACUACUAUGGCUACUAUUACUAUGGAUAUGGGUAUGACGACACCGCCUUUGGCCCAACUUUUGACGAUGGGGACGAUGGGAUCACGAACCUUUUGAGCAAGAAUGCCCGGACUUCCAAGCGGAGCUUGAAGCGGAGGACGGGGGGUGCGGCCCGACAUUCAUCCGGAAACUCCACGAGCAACAGCCCGUACUUCGUUUGCAACAAUGGCUGGACCAUCUGGGCGGACUACUACGAUGACAAGGAGUACUGCGAUUGUCGAGAUUGCGAAGAUGAGCCAGACAUCACGCUGGAGAGCUGCGGUAUCCAACCACUGGCUUUCUGUGGAGACUACGCGUACUGUGGCAGUGGUCCCAAAGAGGAGCAGGGGGCCUGCACCUACGAGACAUGGCAGCUGGGAGACAACCCCGUGGUUUGCAGCAAUGGCUGGACCAAGCCGCAGGACAAGCGGAAUAACAACUUCUGCGACUGCCCGAACUGCGAAGAUGAGAACGAGACAGGGUGGAAUUGCGACAACUGCUACUGUCCGCAGGUUCAGUGCAUUGACAAUGGCGCCUGUUUCGCCGGGAUUUCCAGCCUCUUUGGCUUCGUGGGCACGUUCCAGGCGCCACCGCCGGGAACGACGACGCCGGGAACGACUUCGUCGCCGGGCACGACGCCCGCAACGACGCCCUCGCCGGGGGGGACAGGCUACUAUGGACGCUACGCCUACAAGAAAGGAGCAUUCCCUUGGCAUUACUGGCGCGCUUCCACGGGCUGGCAGCGCAAGAACUGGCGGAAGAACCGUGGCUACUCGCUAACGCAACAGGAGGCCCAACAACGAGCUGCGGAGAGGAAGACCAACGUCAACCAGGAGCGCAGGGUCCUCCGAUCCAUGCUGGCCAGCGAGGGAUGCAACAUCCUGAAUUGCAUCUCGCAAGCCUGGGACUCGGGCACCGAGGCGGCCAAAGACACCUACAACGACGUAGAGAAGAAAGUGGCGACAGGCGCGGAGAAGGGGGCAGCCUGGGCGUCGGGCGCAGCAAACGAGGCGGUGAAGUGGGGCACCCAGGCCGGCGGAGCCAUCGCAGAGUGGACAGUGGAUCAAGCCAUCGAUGCAGCGACGUUCUACAGAGUUGGGGCCGAGAACUUCGCAGCGGUGGUCGCCAACUUUGCCCAAGAAGGAGCCGAGUUGGCCCAGGAGGCGGCCGAGAACGCGGCCGACUUCUUCAUGUCUGCCUUCGAUACGGGCAAAGAGAUCAUCAUCAAGUUCCUGGGCGAUCAGCUCUCGAACAUCCUGAACGAAGACAAUCUCCAGCCGAGACCGACUUUCUGUGGUGGUGUUGCGUUUCCCUGGCUGGCUUCAACCGUGGUCGGCGACCCCAACAACGCUUGCUGGAAGCAAGUGAUUGGCUUGACUGAGGAGAUCGCCGAGUUCGUCUCCGACGAUGUGGGGCGGCUCGUGGAUGCGGUGAUCACGCGCGUGUCGAACAUGCUGGAAGACGAGGACUUGUGGAAGGCAAUAAUUGGCAAGCUGGGGAAUGCGCUCAUCACCAGCAUUGGCACGCCCGGGGGCAUCACUGCGACAAGGGCCGUCGAGAUCUACAACGACAUCAUGGCGGUCAUGGUGACCUACCUGAAGACGCACCUGACUCCCCUCUUCGCAGACCUCGCCGCAUUCUUCGCUGAUGUCGGAAGGUUCCUGGAGGCUAUGUCCGAGCGCACGAAGAACCUCAUCAGCGCCGUCUUUGACGAGCCAAAUGGCCCAUUCAACUUCCUGGGCUUCCAGGGAGAGACGUGGUACGUUGCGCUUUGCUUGGAGGGGUUCACCUUCGGCAUGUUCCUGGGCACCUGCCUCUACUACCCCUUCAAGUUUGGUGCAAGCGACAACGAUUACUUUGUGGUCGAACUGGGCUGGGGACGAGAGCGAGA